AUGGCCACCAUCAAAGUCGGUGAUAAGAUCCCCAGCGGAACCUUCAAAUACGUCCCCUAUACACCGGAGCUGGAUGACGCUCUCGCAUGUGGUGUUCCUACUACUCUGUCUACUGACGAAUGGAAGGGGAAGAAAGUAGUACUGUUCUCUGUCCCCGGCGCCUUCACUCCGACCUGCCACGCCAACCACCUCCCCCCGUACAUCAAGAAGUACGACGAGUUCAAAGCCAAAGGCGUAGACGUGAUCGCCGUCGUUGCUGCUAAUGACCCCUUCGUGAUGAGCGGAUGGGCCAGAGUUUCUGGCCUGAAGGAUAAGGCAAGCCUUCCCGACUUUAUCCUGGCCCUAUCAGACACCAACGCUGAAUGGUCUGGUUCCAUGGGUCUUUCGGCCGAUAUGUCCGCAAGAGGAUUCGGCAUCCGUACCGCGCGCUAUGCUCUGGUCAUUGACGAUCUGGUCGUGAAGUACAUCGGGGUGGAGAAUGCUCCGGGUGUUACCGUCUCGGGGGCGGACGCUGUCCUGGCGAACCUUUGA